CAUCAACAAGCAUCAAGAAGAAAAUCAUUCACUGAAUCUUCAGAGCAUUGAGUGUGUUCAAGAGCAAGAGGAAAAUGAAGUCUGCUGCAGUUAUUGUUGUCUUUGCUGGUCUACUUAUUGUUUAUGUACAAGGACAGGCCAGGACAAGUUCAUCGAGGUGUUUGUGUCAGGGUCCUCUGGCCAAUGUAGUUCGUCUACAACGUAUUGACAAGAUAGAAUUUUAUCCUGUUAGUGCAUCUUGUGAAAAUGCAGAAAUCAUUGUCACUCUGAAGAACGGUGCAGGGAAAAAAUGUUUGAAUCCAAAAUCUGAAUUUACUCAGAAAUACAUCAGUGCAAUGUUAGAAAAAAGAAGUGCUGAGUAAAUGUCUGACAUUACUGAACAGAAAUGAAAAACGAGAACACGGGAAGCUCGCACAAAAUAUUGUAAAUGUUGUAAGAUAUGUAAUUAUGUACAAUUAUGUAUAAUUUCAUAAUGUUUUUUAUAUAUGAUAAGAUAUGUUCACUAAUUAAUUUAUUGAAGAUACUUUUGUAUAUUGCUCAAUGUAAAAUGUUUUUAUAAAAACAUAUUGCUUUUGUAUACUUAGAGUACAGUACUAAAUUAUAAUAAAGUGUUUUAAAUGUUU